AUGACCAAGUUCAUCUUCCACACCGCGAGGAAACGGCGUUCUACUGGACUGAAACGGGUUCCUAUCAACCAGUGGUUCAAUAAUUAUUCGCUUGAGGAUCCGAAUACCCGGACUGAAUUACAGCUUGAUGGACUACUGGAAAGUAGUGAAUUCCUUCGGACAUUGAUUGAUGAAGAGGCGAAGCUCUUGUCGAAUGAUCCCGCUGUUGGCGAUGGGUAUAGUCGUGUUGUGAUUGGGGGCUUAAGUCAGGAAUGUGCGGCUUCUGUAUUCUGUCUUUUGGGGGGACUUCCUUUUGUGAGAGAAGAUGGAGAGAGCAAACCGCUUGGGGGAUUCAUUGGGAUGAGCGGGUGGUCACCUUUUUCAAGGGCAGAUUGCUGGUUAUUAAAAAUUGACGAAGGCGACCAGGGAGAAUCAGAAUCAGAAGCUGAAGAAGACGAUAAGGACCCGUUUGCCCACGGUACAGAUGGUGACGAAAUCCUGCUGCACAUCCAAGCGGUCAAUCAUAUCGGGAUAUUCUCGAUCUGCCACCCUUUCAGUCUGACGCCGAUGGAGCAUUAUGAACACUGGUAUAAAGUGCCCGACGAAAUUGAUGAUGCGGUGUGGUUCUUAAAGGAGAAGACUAGGGUUCCAGUUGUUGACGAGGUUGACUAG